GCCAGCGUCCAGGGAACUGCAGCCUAGGGUUCCCACUGGAUCUUGCUGGAGCCAUCGUGACCUGAUUGCGGCCCUACGCGAGCUUUCCAUCGUCGCCGUGCCGCCACCACCGCCCGUGGCCGUCGGAGCAGGGCCGCGCCACGCCGCCACCUCUCCGACUUGUGAAGGUUGCUGCGUAGGCAGUAGGCACAUACACACAGGCGGCGGCGGCGGCGGCGGCGGCGGCCAUGGCGUCGCGCAAGCUUCUCCUGAGCCUCACCUCCGGGAGGCGGCUCCGGUCCCGCACUCAGCAACUCUUCUGGGCCGCCAGCCUCCCUGAAGCUGCCACCUCUCGCUCCCUCGCGGCCGCCGUUGCCGCGGCGCAGCAGUCGGGCGAGUCUCCAGUGGCUCACCUCUUCUCUUCGAGGACCAUCUCGUCGACGCGCCCCGCGACGCAGUCCGCUGGAGAUGCGCCCGGUUCAUCUGCGGUGGACCACAAGUUGAUAAUGCCUGAGGACGAGUUUCAUAAAUUAGCAGAUGAGACGAUUCACGAUUUGCUUGAAAAACUUGAGGAAUAUGGUGACUCCAUUCAAAUGGAUGGUUUCGACAUUGACUACGGGAAUCAGGUUUUGACAUUGAGGCUCGGGGAUUUGGGAACAUAUGUUGUAAACAAGCAAACACCAAACAGACAAAUCUGGUUAUCUUCACCUGUGAGUGGGCCUUCUAGGUUUGAUUGGGAUGCAUCAACAGAUGGUUGGAUAUACAAACGGACUGGAGCAAAUCUUGUGCAGCUUCUGGAAAAGGAGAUUGGUGAGCUCUGUGGUACCCCAGUAGAACUUUAAUAAUAUCACUGGAAAUGCCACACAUCUAGAUUAGACGGAGAGUAGUGUGCUUGAGGUAAAGUAUGUGGUGGACAACACUCUUGUAAUAUGGUUUAUCACAAAAUUUUGUUGUUCUACACAUUUGCACACUUUGGAAUAAAUAACUUCCCUUUGCUGAUCACAA